AUGUCUCGAUGUCUGUCCUCAUCAGCAAGUGAAAAUCCUGCACAGUACACCUCAGUUCCAGCUCCAAGGAGGCUGCGUUUCAAGGUGCUGAGCCCAAGCAAACUCCUUGUCUCAUGGAAGGAGCCCAAAGGAGACUUUGACAGCUAUCUGUUCCUCUACAACAGUAUACCAGGUGGUCAGCAGAGGGAGAUCAUUGUGUCUAAAUCUGACACUAAGGUCUUAAUAACAGACUACAACCCCUCAAAAGACUACACUGUCAAUGUCAUCGCUGUCAGUGGCAGCGAGCAGAGCAGACCACUUCAGGGCAGACAUAAAGCUGAAAGAGGUAAGACUGACGGAGGAGACAAGACCGAGCCCCAGAGGCUGACUGAUUCAGUUGUACCUCCAGAGGAUGCCAACGAGAUCUCUGGAGUCGAUCAGUUUGUGUGCCACACUGAAGCCAUUGCAGACAUCGUCAUCCUGGUGGACGGCUCCUGGAGUAUCGGUCGGAUCAACUUCCGCCUGGUCCGCAUGUUCCUGGAAAACCUGGUCAAUGCCUUUGAUGUUGACAUCGAUAAGACAAGGAUUGGUCUGGCUCAGUACAGUGGUGAUCCCAGGAUAGAGUGGCAUUUAAAUGCUUUCUCCACUAAAGAUGCAGUCAUUGAUGCUGUCAAGAACCUGCCGUACAAAGGAGGAAACACUCUCACAGGCCUUGCCUUGACUUAUAUCUUGGAGAACUGCUUCAAGCCUGAGUCUGGCUCACGUGUUGGCGUGCCCAAGAUUGGGAUUCUAAUCACGGAUGGGAAGUCUCAGGAUGAUGUUAUACCGCCUGCAGAGAGUCUACGUAAUGCCGGGAUUGAGCUGUUUGCUAUUGGUGUGAAGAAUGCUGAUGAGAAUGAGCUGCGCUCCAUCGCCUCAGAGCCAGACAACACUCAUGUCUACAAUGUGGCCGACUUCAACAUCAUGAGCUCCAUAGUAGAGGGUCUGACCAGAAAAGUGUGUGAACAAGUGGAGCAGCAAGAUAAAGACAUCAAGGAGAAGCAGAUACCAGAGAUGAUCGGAACGCCACUUGACCUGGUGACGUCAGAGGUCACAGCCCGGAGCUUCAGGGUCUCAUGGAGCCACGCCCCCGGAAAUGUUGAGAAAUACAGAGUGGUUUAUUAUCCCGCUCAGGAAGGAGAACCACAGGAGGCUGUAGUGGACGGCAGUGAAACUUCAGUGGUGUUGCAGCAUCUCAGCUCUCUUACUGAGUACCAGCUGGCUGUGUUUGCUGUGUAUGCAAACGAGGCAAGCGAAGCUCUCAGAGGAUCAGAAACAACCCUUGCCCUCCCCACUGUGACUGGCCUGCAGCUGUUUGAUGUGACUCACAGCACCAUGAGAGCAAGAUGGGACAGCGUGGACGGCGUCUCUGGCUACAUGCUGCUUUACACACCUCUUACAGAUGACGGAGACUUGGACGAGAAGGAGAUCAAGGUUUCAGAUGCAGUGACAGAGCUGGAGCUGGAUGGGUUGAUCCCUCACACUGAAUACACCGUCACUGUUUAUGCCAUGUAUGGAGAGGAAGCCAGUGACCCUACUACAAACCAGGAAACUACAUUACCAUUGAGUCCUCCCAGUAACCUCCAGUUCUCUGACAUCACCCAUAACUCCGCCCACAUCAGCUGGGACCCCGCACCCAGCGGAGUUAAAGGUUACCGAAUCAUGUGGGUCAAGACAGACGAACUAGUCACAGAGGAGGUGGAGGUCGGUCCAGUGAGCUCUUAUGACCUCAGCGAGUUGACAUCUCUGAUGGAGUACUCAGUGGCCAUCUUUGCCCUGUAUGACAACGGCCAGUCAGAGCCGCUCAACGAUGGAUUCACUACCACUCCAGUUCCUGGUCCUCUGAAUCUACGCUCCAGUGAUGUCAGCACAGACAGCUUUGAGGUCAGCUGGGAUCACUCAGCCAAUGACAUCGUCCUCUACAGACUCUCGUGGGCACCGUUCACAGGUGGCGACACAAAAGAGGUGGUCUUGAGUGGAAGUGAUAACAGAUACAUCCUGACCAGUCUGAGUCCGUCUACUGAGUAUGAAGUGAUGUUGACGGCUGUGUUCAAAGAUGAAUCAGAGAGUGACACCAUCUCUGUUAUAGAGACCACAUUGGCCAAGACAACAACGAUUGCUACAACCACAGUAGGACGUCAGGCUGUGAGAAACCUUCAGCUGAGCGACGAGACCACCCAGAGCUUAGAGGCAUCAUGGGAGAUGGAAGACCCCCAUGUGGAGAGCUACAGGGUCUCCUAUGCUGGCCUCAGGGGUGACCACAAAGAGGAGUCUGUGUUAGUUCCAGGUGGUCAGAGGAGAGUUGUGCUUCAGCCUUUACUAUCAGACACCCAGUACAAAGUGACAGUCACGCCAGUGUACAAGGACGGACAGGACGGCAUCAGUGUCUCUGCCCUGGGAGCCACAUCGCCCCUCUUGUCUCCUGGAAAUCUCCGCGUGUCAGAGGAGUGGUACAGCCGGUUCAGGGUCACCUGGGAUCCACCUCAGUCUCCAACAGAGGGUUACAGGAUCGUCUACCAGCCCAUUUAUGUUCCAGGACCAGUUUUGGAGACAACUGUGGGUGAAGAUGUGAACUCCAUGCUCCUUCUGAAUCUUCUGAGCGGGACAGAAUACAGCGUUCAAGUGACAGCUUCCUACCCUACAGGACAAAGUGAACCACAACUCGUGAAUGCUAAAACAAUGUUCCUCGGCGUCUCUGGCUUGUCAACCUACCAGGUGCGUUCCAACAGCAUGUGUGUCCAGUGGCAGCCUCUUCUACACGCCACGUUAUACAGAGUGUCCAUACAGUCUACACUCAAUAGUCAAAGACAGGAAGUGAGCCUGGGAGGUGGUGCUUCCCGACAGUGCUUCUAUGACCUCACUCCCAGCAGCCAAUACGAGAUAAGUGUCCAUACGCAGAUGCAAGAAAUGGAGGGACCUUCGGUCUCCAUCACUGACAUGACGUUGCCAGCACCCAUUCAAGCCCCGAGUGAACCACCCACCACAGAGCCCCCCCCUACCAUCCCGCCCGCUAAGGAAGUGUGCAAGGAGGCCAAGGCUGACCUGGCGUUCCUGGUCGAUGGCUCCUGGUCCAUCGGAGACGACAAUUUCAUGAAGAUCACACGUUUCCUUUACAGCACCAUGGGAUCACUGGAUCUGAUUGGACCAGAUGGCACUCAGGUGGCCAUUGCUCAGUUCAGCGACGAUGCUCGGACAGAAUUCCAGCUGAGUUCCCAUGGCAACAAGGAAGCACUGCUGGAGGCUAUUCAGAGGAUCAGAUACAAAGGAGGAAACACCAAGACAGGUCGGGCCAUCAAACAUGUGAAAGAGUCCAUUUUCACUCCAGAGGCCGGAGCCAGACGGGGCGUCCCUAAGGUCCUGGUUGUCCUGACUGACGGGCGUUCACAAGAUGAUGUCAACAAAGUGUCCAAGGAGAUGCAGAUGGAGGACUACAUCAUCUUUGCCAUUGGCUUUGCGGACGCGGACUACGGAGAGCUGGUGAAUAUCGCCAGCAAGCCCAGUGAUAGACACGUCUUUUUUGUGGACGAUUUGGAUGCUGUGAAGAAAAUAGAAGAACAGCUCAUUACCUUUGUCUGCGAGGCCGCCACUGCCACUUGUCCGUCUGUUUUGAUGAGUGGUAACACCAUGGCAGGUUUCCGUAUGAUGGAGAAGUUUGGCCUGGUAGAGAAGGAGUACAGCACGAUACCAGGAGUUUCUCUGGAGCCGGGGUCGUUCAACAGCUUCCCCUGUUACAGGUUACACCGUGACGCCUUGGUGUCACAGCCCACCAAGUACCUUCACCCUGAAGGUUUACCCUCUGACUACACCAUUUCAAUGAUGCUCCGCCUACUCCCGGAGACCCCGCAGGAGCCCUUUGCAUUGUGGGAAAUCCUCAAGAAAGACAAAGAGCCAUUGGUGGGACUAAUCCUGGACAACUCUGGAAAGACCUUGACGUUCUUCAACUAUGACUACAAAGGAGACUUCCAGACUGUGACAUUUGAAGGAACAGAAAUCAAAAAGAUUUUCCAUGGGAGCUUCCACAAGCUCCAUGUAACCAUCAGUAAGACUUCUGUGAAGGUGGUGUUAGAUUGUUCUGUGGUUGGGGAGAAAUCCAUCAGUGCAUCUGGUAACAUCACCACCGAUGGAGUGGAGGUCCUCGGAAGGAUGUUUCGGUCCAGAGGUCCACAGGACAACUCUGCUCCGUUCCAGCUCCAGAUGUUUGACAUCAUCUGCAGUACAUCCUGGGCGAGCAGAGAUAAGUGUUGUGAACUGCCAGCAUUGAGAGUUGAGGAGCAAUGCCCUCCCAUGCCUCAUGCCUGUACCUGCUCCCAGGAUAGCAAAGGACCCCCAGGACCCUCUGGACCCCCUGGUGGUCCAGGCAUAAGGGGAGCUAGAGGAGACAGAGGAGAGCCAGGAAUAACGGGACCUCAAGGGCCAGUGGGAGAGAUUGGCCCACCUGGACACCCAGGACCACCUGGUCCUCAGGGACCCAGUGGACUCUCCAUUCAGGGGCCCCCGGGCGCUGCUGGAGAAAAGGGAGAGAGAGGAGAGAUCGGUCCAGCCGGACAAGUGGGUGUUGCUGGAAGCCCUGGCUCACCUGGUAGAGACGGCCCCCCAGGAGCAAGGGGUUUGCCGGGAAAUAGCGGACCACAGGGACGACAAGGACCUCCUGGACCCGUUGGAACCCCAGGUGCACCUGGAGCUCCAGGACCAGGUGGGCCAGCAGGGUCCCAAGGAGAUCAAGGGCUUCCUGGCCCUGCUGGUAGCAAAGGGGAUAAGGGAGAAAGAGGUGAUGUGCAAUCCCAAGCUGCUGUUCGAGCCAUCGCACGGCAAGUGUGUGAACAACUCAUCCAGAGCCACUUGUCUCGUUAUAACUCUAUACUGAACCAGAUCCCUGUCCAGUCUGCGGUGUCGGUCCGAACAGUACCCGGACCACCAGGGGAGCCAGGAAGGAGAGGUGCCCCAGGACCUCAGGGAGAGCAAGGUCCGUCCGGCAGACCUGGCUUCCCUGGUACCAGUGGCCAGAACGGAAGACCUGGGGAGAGAGGUCUGCCAGGAGAGAAGGGAGAGAGGGGGAAUCCAGGGGUUGGGAGUCAGGGACCUCGAGGACCAUCCGGACCUCCAGGCCUGCCAGGUGAAGGACGGACAGGCAGCCAGGGCCCACCUGGUCGACCUGGUAACUCGGGGACAGCGGGGAGGCCGGGGAAUCCAGGUGCCACUGGACCGGCUGGCCCACCAGGAUACUGUGACCAGAACUCCUGUCUGGGAUACAAUGUUGGAGUUCAACAGGACUAUGGGAAUGAUUACUGAGGAGCAUUCUCCAACCGUCCUCCUCCUCCUCCUUUUCCUCCUCCUGUGCUCAC